CGGGCUCUCGGCGUGCGGCGGCGGCGGCGGCUCUGUGCGGCGGGAGGAGAAGAAGCGAGAAGGGCUCCGGGCGGCAAAUGGGAGCCGCGGUCCCGGUCCCGGUCCGGUGUGCGGGACCGCAGCCUCGGACCCGGGCAGCCCCGAGCACGCACCCCCCGCCCCGCUCCCGCCUCUGUCCCGCAUGGAGCUGCGAGCAGGAGACUCUUGGGGGAUCUUCACGUUCCUUUGUGCCGCGCUCUGCCACCUGCCCGCGCUGCCGGCGCUGAACUGCACCGAGGAGCUGGGCCCCGGCCACUCCAUCCAGAAGACCUACGACCUGACCCGCUACCUGGAGCACCAGCUCCGCACCCUCGCCGGCACCUACCUGAACUACCUGGGCCCCCCUUUCAAUGAGCCCGACUUCAACCCCCCGCGCCUGGCCCGAGCCGAGCGGGUGCCCAGCGCCACGGUGGACCUGGACCUCUGGCGGGGCCUGACCGACAACGCUCGCCUGGCCGCCAACUACCGCGCCUACAGCCGGGUGCUGUGCUCGCUGCGGGCGCUGGACGCGCAGGGCACGGCCGAGCUGCGCCAUCGCCUCGGCCACUUCUGCUCCAGCCUGCAGGGGCUGGUGCUGAGCAUCGCGGGGGUCAUGUCCUCCCUCGGCUACCCGCUGCCCGCCGGACCCCCAGCCUCGCCCAAUGGGGUCCCCGCGCAGCCCGGGGGGGGGCCCCCCAAUGACUUCUUGAAGAAGAUGGAUGAUUUCUGGCUGCUGAAGGAGCUGCAGACCUGGCUGUGGCGCUCGGCCAAGGACUUCAACCGGCUCAAGAAGAAGGUGCCGCCGGCGGUGGUGACGCUGAGGAUGGGAGGCGAGGGGGUUCUGAGGCGCCCGCGCCGCAGCGGCCCCGUCUCCGCAGCAGUGGGGUGGGGAUGGGGCUUCUCAGCACAGUUGGGACCCAGGAACCUCGCUGCGAUUUGGGGAGGGGGGGGGGGGGGGGCUCACCCAAAGCGCUGCCGAAGUCACCCCCGUUCCCUCGGCAUCACCAGUGCGCCUCGAGAGGAUGCCACCGCAGGCAUCCCACGUCCCUGUGUCACCACAUUGGGCCUUGGGGGGGGGUCCUGA